AGGGACCACAGACAGAAUAUGUGUCAAUGUUUGGCGGUAAUAUUGUUGUCAAAUAGCUAUUUGGAUCUGUUUUAAAUUUAUUUUGUUGAGAAAUGGAUUGUUUUCAAAUAGUAAAUGGUAGUCAACUACCGAACCAUGUUGAUAGGAAAGUAAGUGUUACUGGUUAUGUGAAUUCGGCUUCCAUUAAUGCACUUACUUUCGAAUUGAGAGCGACAGAUAAUGUUAUGGUGAAGGUUAAUAUGAAAAGACCGCUGGACAGACCUAUUGAGGGAUAUGUUGAAGUGCAAGGUCCAUAUCAGAAUAAAGCCAUUACUGCUACUAAUUUGAUUGUUUUCGAAAACACAGAUUUCGAUGCUGAAGGACAUAAUACCCUAUGCAGUUUGCUGCAAUCAAUUCCUAAUCUUUGGAAUACCCAAAAAUCUUAAAUUUGAGUAGUUUUUUUGUAUUGUGUUGAAUUUAAUUAGAACUUCAUUAUACUGUUACUAUUUACAACAAAUAUUUUUAAACACCUACUGUCCUACUACCUACUAUGUUCAUGGAAUCUAAUUAAAAGUUUAAGGGCUUAUUAAUGCAUCAUUGUUAUAGGCGCUAUCAUUAUUUUUGCAUUUGUUGAUCACAUUCCACAUUUUUUUUCAUUCAUAAAUAUAAUUUGUGAGUUGGAAACUUUGAAAGUCAUUUCAUCGACUAUGAUUGUUAAAUCAGUGCACAAAAAUGCUUCAACUGAAUGCACAGGGUCAACUCAGUUUUGUGAUAGAAACGGUGACUGUCAUAACUACCAUGACAAUGACAAUGAUGCAUAAACAGACCCCAAGGAUCCAUUUUU